AAACUGAUAUACACUUGUACUUCCACAAAUGGCGUCGUUUCAGUCAUUCACUCUUCCCACUCCGUCUCUCUGCUCUGAUAGUACCACCUCACACUGAAACGCUCCUCUUAUUAUAUUCCCAUUCUCUCACCAAAUUCCAUUAUUUUAGUCUCCUCCUCCUUCCUCUUCUUCUUCAUCACAUCCUUCAAUGGCAACGGCUAUUUUUCUCUUCUCCAUUUUUCAUAUUACUAUCUGCUGCUUAACUUUCACUACAACCAUCAACGCCGUUCCGUUAUCGGAGAUUCAAGCAUUAACGUCCUUCAAACUCAGCCUCCACGAUCCGCUCGGCGCAUUAGACGGCUGGAAUGUGUCGACGCCGUCAGCUCCAUGCAACUGGCGUGGCAUUGUCUGUUACGAUAACCGAGUUCGCGAGCUCCGUUUACCUCGUCUCCAACUCACUGGAAUAAUCUCUCCUCAGCUUGCUAACUUGCGCCAGCUGCGCAAGCUAAGCCUCCAUUCUAAUAACUUUAACGGCGUUAUACCUCCUUCUCUUUCUCAAUGCUCUCUUUUACGCGCCGUUUACUUACAGUCCAACUCACUCUCCGGUCACCUUCCGUCUUCCGUCGUUAACCUUUCUAAUAUUCAAGUCCUUAAUGUCGCGCACAAUCUUCUUUCCGGAAAUAUUCCUAGUGGAAUAUCAUAUUCACUUAAAUACCUCGAUUUAUCGUCGAAUGCAUUCUCCGGUCAAAUACCAGCCAACUUCUCCUCGAAAUCUCAGCUUCAACUCAUCAAUUUAUCGUUCAACAAAUUCUCAGGUGAAAUACCGGUGACUAUCGGUCAGCUCCAAGAACUGGAGUACUUAUGGUUAGACGCAAAUAAUCUGUACGGUACUUUACCGUCGGCGAUUGCCAACUGUUCUUCACUUGUACAUUUAAGCGCUGAGGAUAAUAAAAUUAGCGGUCUGAUUCCGGCGAGUGUUGGUUCGUUACUUAAUCUCGAAGUGAUUUCUUUAUCACGUAAUGGACUUUCCGGUUCGGUUCCUGAGAAUAUAUUUUGUAAAAAUUCUUCGUUAAGGAUAGUUCAGUUAGGGGUUAAUGCAUUCACGGGGAUUGUUAAAAGUGGGGAGAGUGUGUGUGAUAGUGUUUUAGAGGUUUUAGACAUUCACGGGAAUCUUAUAAACAGUGUGUUUCCUUAUUGGUUGACUAAUUUGACUGCGCUCAGAUUUCUUGAUCUGUCGAGUAAUCUUUUUUCUGGGGUUUUACCAGUUGGUAUUGGUAAUCUUUUGAGGUUAGAGGAGUUAAGGGUUGCUAAUAAUUCAUUAACUGGUGUUAUUCCUUCUCAGAUUCUCCAAUGUAGUCAGUUAAAGAUUCUUGAUCUUGCAGGGAAUGGGUUUGUGGAUGAGCUUCCUGUGUUCUUGAGUGAAUCAAGGAGGUUGAAGCUGUUAUCUUUGGGAAGAAAUAAGUUUGUGGGUCAGAUUCCUAAGAGUUUUGGAGUCCUGUUUGAGCUUGAUACUUUGCAAUUGAAUGAAAAUAAUCUCACAGGAAAUGUACCACAAGAGAUAUUGAGAUUAAGUAAUUUGAGUACUUUGAAUCUUGGUCAUAAUGAUUUUUCUGGGGAGAUUCCUUAUAAUAUAGGAGAGUUAAAAGGGUUGGUGGUUUUAAAUUUAAGUGGUUGUGGGUUUUCAGGGAGGAUUCCGGCGAGUAUUGGGAGUUUGUUGAAGCUUACAACACUUGAUUUAAGUAAGCAGAAUUUGUCUGGUGAUUUACCGAUUGAGCUUUAUGGGUUGCCAAGUUUACAGGUUGUUGCAUUGGAAGAGAAUAAGUUAGCUGGAGACGUUCCUGACGGUUUUAGCAGCUUAGUUGGCCUAAAAUAUGUCAAUCUCAGUUCUAAUUCAUUCACUGGUGUGAUUCCUGCAACGUAUGGAUUUCUAAGUUCAUUAGCUGCUCUCUCACUCUCUUGGAAUCGAAUAUCGGGAGUGAUUCCACCGGAGAUUGGUAAUUGUUCUAGUCUUGAAGUUCUUGAACUUCGUUCGAAUAAUUUGAAUGGCAAUAUUCCGGUUGAUAUUUCUCGUUUAUCUCAUUUAAUGAAACUUGAUCUUGGCCAUAAUAAUUUAACUGGUGAGAUCCCAGAGGAGAUCUACAAAUGCUUCUCUUUGAAUUCCCUUUUGCUGGAUGAUAAUCAGCUCUCAGGACAUAUACCAGACUCAUUGUCCAGAUUGCCCAACCUAACGGAACUGAAUCUUUCCUCCAACAGCUUCAGUGGUGUCAUUCCAGAAUUGCUUGCCUCUAGAUUCAACGACCCCUCCGUGUUUGCUAUGAACGCAGAAUUAUGCGGAAAACCUCUGGGUAGGGAAUGUGCAAACGUAAGGAACAGAAAAAGGAAAAGAUUAUUCAUAUUCAUUGGUGUUGCAGUAGGUGGUGCAUUCUUUUUAGUACUGUGUUGUUGCGGCUACAUUUACAGCUUCUUACGCUGGCGUAAAAGGGUAGCUGGCGAAAAGAAGCCAAGUCCAGCACGAGCAAGCUCAGGAGCUGACAGGAGCCGUGGAAGUGGCGAGAAUGGAGGGCCGAAGCUUGUCAUGUUCAAUAACAAGAUAACAUAUGCAGAGACAUUAGAGGCAACAAGGCAAUUCGAUGAGGAAAAUGUGUUGAGCAGAGGAAAAAAUGGACUCGUUUUCAAAGCCACGUAUCAAGACGGAAUGGUGCUGUCCAUCCGUCGCCUUCCUGAUGCAUCGAUCGACGAAGGCACGUUUCGUAAAGAAGCGGAAUCAUUAGGAAAGGUGAAGCACAGAAACUUAACAGUUUUACGCGGCUACUAUGCAGGACCACCACCUGAUGUAAGGUUACUUGUUUAUGAUUACAUGCCUAAUGGUAACUUAGCUACUCUCCUCCAAGAAGCCUCUCAUCAAGACGGGCAUGUUCUAAAUUGGCCAAUGCGGCACUUAAUUGCUUUAAGCAUUGCUCGUGGCAUAGCUUUUUUGCAUUCGCUGUCAAUGAUCCACGGAGAUAUCAAGCCACAAAAUGUUCUUUUCGAUGCCGAUUUUGAAGCACAUUUAUCUGAAUUCGGACUCGAAAAGCUAAUCAUAGCACCGCAGGCAGAGGCUUCAACCUCUGCCACACCGGUUGGUUCGCUAGGCUAUGUGUCUCCAGAAGUAGCAUUAACAAGAGAAGCUACAAAAGAAGCUGAUGUGUAUAGCUUUGGGAUUGUAUUGCUGGAGAUUCUAACAGGGAGGAAACCGGUGAUGUUCACAGAAGAUGAAGAUAUUGUGAAGUGGGUAAAAAGGCAAUUACAAACGGGUCAGAUAUCAGAAUUACUUGAACCGGGAUUGCUUGAACUAGACCCUGAGUCAUCAGAAUGGGAAGAUUUCUUGUUAGGAGUCAAAGUUGGACUUUUAUGCACAGCAACUGAUUCAAGUGAUAGACCAUCAAUGGCUGAUAUUGUGUUCAUGCUUGAAGGUUGUAGGGUUGGACCAGAACCAGAAAUUCCUUCAUCAGCUGAUCCCACUACUUUGCCUUCUCCAAUCUGACCAAAUUAUGUGUAUUUUUUUAUUUCAGAACAGAAUUAAUUAAUUUCAGGAAAAGUAGUAUCAUUCUUUAUUAA